AUGGAUAUCACUCUCGGUAUAAGGCUCAAGGACUCUGUCAUCCUGGCAACAUCCAAAGCUGUCACUCGAGGUAUUUCAAUACUAAAAGCCGACGACGACAAAACUAGACAACUUUCAGAACACAGCUUGAUGGCUUUUAGUGGGGAAGCAGGAGAUACCGUUCAAUUCGCGGAAUACAUUCAAGCCAACAUACAGUUGUAUGCGAUUCGGGAAAACUAUGAGCUGUCACCACAGGCAGUGUCCAGCUUUGUCAGACAGGAGCUUGCGAAGUCCAUUCGUUCCAGAAAACCUUUCCAGGUGAAUGUUUUACUGGCAGGUUACGACACCCAUAAUAACAAAACGGAACUUCACCAGAUCGACUAUCUGGGCACUAAAGUUGAGCUGCCAUAUGCUGCGCAUGGAUACUCAGGGUUCUAUACGUUCUCGCUACUCGACCGCCAUUAUAGACCCGAAAUGACCCUUCAGGAGGGUCUCGAACUUUUAAAAUUGUGCGUAGAAGAGCUGGAUCGCAGAAUGCCCGUCGAUUUCAAGGGCGUACUAGUAAAGGUGGUUGAUAAGGAUGGCUGUCGUGAUCUUGAAGAAUGGUAG